AGACGGUGUGCGUCAUCACGGCAUUUUGUAAGCCGAGGGUGUUUUGUAGGUUUCAGUUAAAGUAACUGUUAACAGCUAAAGCGUAAAACGUAAUUAAUUUUUAUAAUGUAGUGCUUGAAGUUUUGUGAAUGUACAACACGUCACUUCCCAGGAAGUCCAAAGGAUUUCCAUCUUGGCGGAGGCAGCAGGAGGCGGAGGCAGUGUUUUUGGAUGAGUUGGGGUCUUUGCCAAGGCGGCAGAGUGGAGUUUGAACUGCUGUAGCGGAAAGCAGCCGACCAGUUUUGCGUUGUCUUUCUUUUUGUUUUUUAAUUCCCCAGACAGUCGCUGAAAUCUGUCACUAACAAGGGGGAAAAGCGCUUGGAUUUACGCGUAAAAUCAGUUUUGUCUCGAAAGUUUGAAACAACUCCUGGAAGCUUGAAGAAGGAUGUUUCGAGGAUGGCCUGAACUUUUGUUUUUGCAGACGUAACUCGCCUUCUCACUCUGCAGGUUUAAUUUUGGAGUAGAGGAAGAGCUCGGACUUGGAGCAUGCAACGUGCAGAAAGAAAGUCGGGCUGAUCCCCGGUUGGACUCCCCUGCUUUUGUUUUCUCUCUGGUUGGAGCCGGGGAGGAGAUGCACGCUCAGGAUGGGACUGUGCCUCGGUACCGAAGUUACAGAGGAGGAGAAGAAGGCGAGGACACACAGUGCCAAGAUAGACAGAGAACUUUACGAAUCUGCCAAGCGAGAGAUGAAUGUGGUUAAAAUACUCCUUCUAGGUGCAGCAGAGAGCGGCAAAAGCACUUUGGUGAAACAGAUGAAAAUCAUCCACAGUAAUGGCUUCACCAAGCAAGAGCUGUGCACCUUCAAGCCUGCUGUCCUGGAUAACCUCCUGACCUCCAUGAAGUUUGUCCUCCAUGGAAUGGGCACCCUCCGCAUCAACCUGGCUAACAGCAGGAACAAGGUUCACGCCCAUUCUGUGCUGUCGUGUGGACGUUGUUUUGACGAAGACCAGGUGCUGUUUCCUUUCCUGAGCCAUGCCCUGUCCUGCCUGUGGGGCGACCAGGGAGUGAGGGCGGCGGCCGCCCGGGGAUACGAGUACGAGCUCAAUGACUCUGCACUGUAUUUCUUUGAGAACAUGAGCCGCAUCACGUCUCCUGACUACGUGCCCACAGAGACAGACGUCCUACGAGUACGACUGAGGACGACAGGCGUGAUAGAGACCCAGUUCAAAGUCAACCACCUUAUUUUCAGGAUGUACGACGUCGGGGGCCAGAGAACUGAGCGGAGGAAGUGGAUUGGCUGUUUCGAGGAUGUCAGGGCGGUUCUAUUCGUUGUGUCACUCAGCGGAUAUGACAUGACCCUGGUGGAGGACCCCUCUGUGAAUCGUCUUCAGGAGAGCAUGAAGCUCUUCUCCUCCAUCUGCAAUAAUAUCUUCUUCCGCAGCACAUCCAUGAUUUUAUUCAUGAACAAGAUAGACCUUUUUCAAGACAAGAUUUUACACUCUGGGCGACAUCUGCGGUUGUAUUUACCUCAGUUUAAAGGUGCAGACUGUGACGUGGAUUCGGCCGCCCGCUUCAUUGCUGCCUCCUUCGUCUCACUCAAUACCACACCCAGUAAACUCAUCUACCACCACUUCACCACGGCCACUGACACCUCCAACAUCCAGGUUGUCUUCCAGGUGGUCAUGGAGACAAUAAUCAAAGAGAACCUGGAGGCUGUGUCGCUCCUGUGAGACCUCGCCGAACUUUGGAUGUCUCAUUUUAAAUGCUGAAAUACGACGAUCAUCUCGUGCAAGCGUGAUGUCUGCUUUCUGUAACGUGAGGAGAAGCCUGGGAGCUCUGCUGCUCUUCUUCGUAUUUUAUCCACUGUUUCAUGAUCACACGUAGCUUCUAAAAACUGUUUCAAAGCAGAUCAAAGUCAAAGACCGCUUGGCUCAUCCUUUGCUUCGGGUUGAUCCCUGAAAUGUUGACUUUUGAAACCUUUAACUGAAAGUAAAGGGCAUUACUGUUUUAUACUCUAUUAUGAAGUGAAGCUAUGAAAAGUGACGUUGCUUUUUUUGAAGACUGGAUAUACAUACAUGUGCCGUUUAUUUGUGUCUUCCUCUGUGAAUGUGGGGGCAGGACGGAGUGUGGGUGACGAUUUACUGUUUGUUCAGUAACUUCCGUGCAGCGGCGUUCACUCAUGCAUACCAUCAUGCUUUUUCCGCUCGUCCAUCACUUUGCCUCUGUUGUGCAGGUCAUCUGCGUCACGCUGUUUUUUUGGAGUUUUUUUUUUUAAAUGAGGCGGUGAUCACUUUAAAAGCACACCAGUGUGUGCUUACUUGACACCCUGAGCUGAAAACACACACAUUUUAAUCUGUGCCUUCACUCAGCCCCCUGAUAUGUGGAUACUUAUUAGAAAUGGAAAAGUUAAAGGUCUGACUUGUUUCAUUUCCUUCCCUUCACCUGUUACAGUUAUUGUUCCAGUAUCACAAACACUGAUUUUUGUUUUGUUUGUGUUUGUUUUUAGCUAGGAUGGAGCCUCCUAAAUGUGAUUUGUUUGGCAUUAACUCAGCUGGGGUUUGUUUUCAGGGCUCCCCUGAGUGACUGACUGUACUAUCACACCAGCUACUGACUCCAGUAAUAAACAAGAUAUGGUAAUGACUGAUGCAGUGUGAUAUUGAUACUAAAAAAAAAGAAAAAAAACUGUGAGGAAAACACCCCCAAGUGCCUUAUGAUGAAGUUGUUUUGCAGUGCUGUAAUAUAAAUGCUUCAUACAUGUGCAUAAAAUGUUUUUCAUUCCUUGUUUCUUCUUCCAGAAUAAUGUUUUAUGUUUCCACUCUUUAAGUCUCGUGUCCUGAGACUUACUUUAUGAUUUGUACAGUGUUUUGUACUGAAUCUGGAGCACAAAACAAAUGUAAUGCUUGUCAACUCAAAGGCAAUCAUAUAAAUGAAUGAGUAAAAUAAUCUUGUGCUGAAUCACUUAUGGUUCCCCUGCUCAGUUGAAGAUUUAAAGGCACAUUCAGACCACACAGCAGGUUACCAGUGUUUGUUCAUUUUAAUAA